AUGGCAACAUCUGGAGAACAGUUGUUUGGAAAUGAAGUGAUUGAUGAAAAGCUAUUACGAGACCUGUGUUUUGGAGGAAUAGAAAGCAAGUAUCGGGGAAUAGCUUGGAGAGUGAUUUUUCACAUUGUUGGCCUUCGGAAGCGAAUGCAUAUGAAGGAGAUAGAGACGAAGCACAUGAAAUAUAUUGAGAUGGCAUCGAAGAUUGGAUAUGUAUGUCAAGGAGGAUAUGGAGCAGAAUGCAAAGGCUGUGAAAGCAAGAAGGAUACGGAUGUGAUGAUCUGUGGAAAGAAGAAGACUUUGAAUGUAUCUAAGAAGAUUAUGCAUCAGAUAGACAUUGAUGUGAAGAGAAUAGACAUGAAGUAUAGGAUAUGCCUGGGUAUGGAUAUUUCGUAUGUUUAUUACCGUGUAUUAUUGUUGGUUGCAUAUAGAAGACCUACGCUAGGAUAUAUUCAAGGGAUGGCAGACAUAUUAGUUCCUUUUAUUGUUGUAUUUUCUCAGGAGAACAGUGAAAAGAUGGAGAGCAGUGCAUAUUUCUGCUACUCAAGGCUACUGGAUGAAAUACAGCACAAUAUGACAGGCCUGCAGGUGAAGAUGAUUAAGAGACUGGAUGCAGUGAUCAGGACAAUAGACCCGGAUUACCAUGCCUUUUUGAAAGAUGUUGGCAUUGAGAUGCACAUGUUUGCUUUUAGAUGGUUUAAUUGCUUUUUUAUAAGGGAGUUUAAGGUUCCAACUAUAUACAAGGUGCUUGACACUAUUUUUGCUUCUGAUAAUAUCUGUGAGUCUUUACUGUAUUUUGGAGUUGCAUUGUUGAUGAAGUUCAAGAAUGCGCUUAUUGGCAAUGACUUUUCGCAUGGUAUUUUAUUUUUGCAGAAUAUAUAUGAAAAUGAAUGGGAAGAGGCUGAAAUUGAGCUAAUGCUGUCAUCGGCAAAAUUUUAUAGAAGCGUGAUGUCUGGUCAAUGA